AUGGACAAGCCCGCCGUCCAGCUCCAGCGCGUGGCCAAUUUUAGAGACGUCGGUCAAACUGUCAACGCCUUUCUCGGCCAAAAGUCCGUCACCAUUUCCCCAACCACCAAUUAUUCACCAAUGGAGGCCGCACAGCAUGUCAAACUGUCUUUACGAGUCCGGGAAGGCUUCAUCUUCCGCUCCGCCAGACCAGACGAUGCUUCCGCCAAGGACAAGUUGAACAUCAGACAUGAAUUCGGCAUAAAAACCAUUCUUGAUCUUCGAACCAACAAAGUCAUUUUCCUAUUCAUCCUGGGAUACAGAAUCGAAGCAGUCAGGCUCAUCACGACGGAGGUCAUGCUUCAGCGUGGCUUGCUCGGUCUUGGAACCGACACGAUUGACCACUCUGGCUCUGAGAUCUGCCAAGCUCUUGGGCUGUAUACCUCGCUGACUACGCUCCCUGUUUUAGUUCAUUGCACACAGGGUAAAGAUAGGACAGGCCUCAUUUGCGUUUUGAUCUUGAUGAUUCUCCGUGUUCCUCUGGCUGCUAUAGAACAUGACUACUUUCUGACGGAUCCGGCUCUCGAGGCGGAACGCCAUGAGAGACUGGCUGAGAUUCGACAAAUCGGAUUGACUGACGAGUGGGCAAUCACGGCGCCUGAACUGGUCACUGGGGUCCAGAGGCACUUGGAUGUAAUGUAUGGCGGAUUGGAAGCGUACCUGGAUGACAUUGGGUUUGACCAAAAUCAGAGAGCGCGACUCCGUGAGCUUUUGCUGUAUUGA